AUGGCUUCGCGGCAGUGCGGAUUUCCCCUGGAGUUUGGUUUCGCGGGCACGGCCAUAGGCCUCUGCCCCAAGGACAAGCUCUUCCGUGGCUACAUAGACCUGGAGAUUCAACUGAGGGAGUUCGACCGCUGCCGCAUCCUCUACCAAAAGUUUCUCGAGUUUGCGCCCGAGAACUGCACCACUUGGAUGAAGUAUGCAGAGCUAGAAACGAUCCUGGGUGACGUGGAGCGGGCGCGGGCCAUCUUCGAGAUUGCCAUCAGCCAGCCGCGCCUGGACAUGCCCGAGGUGAUCUGGAAGAGCUACGUCGACUUUGAGAUCGAGCAGGAGCAGUACCAGCUGGCGGCGCGCCUCUACGAACGACUGCUCGAGCGCACCCAGCAUGUCAAGGUCUGGAUUAGCUACGCCCACUUUCAGCUCAACUACGGAGGCAAGGAUCCCGUCCCAUUGGCCAGGACGAUCUUUGAACGAGCCAAUAAGGAGCUCCGGAAUGCCGCCGAGAAGGAAGAACGCCUGAUGCUUCUCGAGUCUUGGGCAGAGUUUGAGGCCAGCCAUGGUGAUGAGCAGAGCCAAGAGUCGGUUGCCAAGCAGAUGCCGAAGAAGGUCAAGAAGCGAAGGAGAAUCGUCAAUGAAGAUGGGUCGGAGGCCGGAUGGGAGGAGUACUUCGACUACAUCUUCCCGACGGAUGAGACGGCCAAGCCGCACCUCAAGCUACUGGAGAUCGCCAAGAAAUGGAAGAAGCAGCAGCAGCAGCACGAGGAGGGCGACCGGCAGGAGGGCGACGAGGACGACCUGGUAGAGACUGGACGACCAGAGGCGUGA